AUGACGAACGAGGAGGACCGAGAACCUCUCUUAGCGAGGAGGACGAUUCAGACGACGACAACGCGAGCGAAGAAGACAAAUAAUAAUAAUUCGAUUUUGAUGAACAACACGAUGGGGGAAACUUUUUAUUCCUCGUUUACGUCGUUUACGUCGUGUACGUCCAGGUGGGGGAAGAUGAUUUUCAUCUUCUUUUUGGCCGCGGCGACGAUUGGAGGAUUGCUCGGCGUCAAUCUGUCGCCGCGCAGAAGGGAUGAUGAUGACGAUGGACGUUUACUCGCGCAGAAACAAAGGCAUCGUUAUCAGCAGCGGCAUCAAUUUGGCGAGGCAUUAUCAUCGUCGUCGUCGUCGUCGUCGUCGUCGUCGUCAUCGACGACACAGGCGACGGCGAGAUCCCCGGACGCGCUCGUGGAGAGUAAACAAGUGGAACCGGAACUGGCGUUUCACACGGAGGAGGAAAUCGCGUCGGUGAUCGCGGCGGCGUUGGAAGGCGACGAGAAAAAGACGAGCGACGAGAGGAACAUGAGACGGAGGAGAGAGAAUGAUAACAACAACAACAACAACAACAACAACAACAACAACAACAACAACAACGAAGAGGUGAGUAGCAGCAGCAGCAGCAGCAGACGAGCGAAGGAAGAACCGAUGAUGGGGAAGAGAGAGGCGGACGACGACGACGACGGCGGCGGCAAAGAGAACGAAGGCGUCGACGCGGACGAGGCGGAGGCGAAUGGGGAGAGGAUUAGCAUCGGAAGCGCCACCGCCGCCGACGGCGGCCCCGGCGGUUCUUCAGAAGAUAAAGACGAUCAAGAGGACGAAGCCGAGGAGCAGUCGCAAGCGGAGGAGGCUUCGAGAGCGUGGGAUUUGAGCACGUAUCUUAACGUGCAAGCGAAUUCAGAAAAUUCGGCGGAGAGUUUAGUGGCGUUGAUUGCCUCCGUAGGAGGCGACGAGAGAGAGUUGGAGAGGUACGUGAAAGUGGUUGAACCAAUUGACCCGAGCCAAUGGCCGGUGAAUAUCGAUAAAGCGAUGUACGCGUUGAAGAGUAUUUUUAGAUUGAAAGCGAGAGCGGCGGAAGCGGCGCAGAUGGAAGCCAAGCUGGGAAAUUUCGUCAACGAAGACGAGAUUGAAGAUGGAAUCGCGACUCGCAGAAUGAGACGAAGAAGAAAUUUGAUGAAGGCAGAUGAGGAGGAAAUCGAAGGAGGUAAACUCGGGUACUUUCAGAUGGGUAAAUUCGUGAACGACGUGAUCAAAGGAAAAGUGAGCGAACAAUCAAACGAAGAUGAUGAAGAGGAAGAAGAUGAUCAAGAUUACGAUGAAAAAGCAACUUCAGGCAGCUCCUCCACCCAAUCCAUGGGGGCUUCGUUAGGCGACGAGAAAGAGAAGUCACUUUCUUCGUUCGACGAUUUAGAGACGAGCUCUUUGGGCUAUUUCGACUUCAAAAGUUUCAUCGACGACAUGCUCUCGAAUCAUCCGGAAAAGAAGACCAUAGACAGCGACGAUGGAGAAGGCAUUUCGUAUUUAGGCACUGGCGAUAACGAGGACGAGAAGGAAACGAAGAAGAAACAAAAACUUCCCUCGCUCGGGUAUUUCGAUUUCAAAAAGUUUGUCGAAGACGCAAUGAGUGAAGCGCCGAAACCGAAAUACGAGCGAAAAUUCAUGGACUCCGAAAACGACAGUUCUGGCGUGUAUUUAGAUGCUGCGGCUGGCUCGACUCUUGGGGAGGCGCAACAACCGAAACUCGGCAAAGUGAUCGAAGAUACCUCCGAAACCAUCGAAAGUUUGAAACCGCUUGGGCUCACCGCCGAUGACGUGAAAGUUUUGUACAAAGCGUACAAGAAAGAGAAGAAGGAAAAGGAAAGUUUGCAGGAUAAUUCAGAGAAGAGUGGUAAUAAAGUAUCUGCAUUGAUUGAGGAUGACGACGAGGAGAUGACCUUGGCGAAAGAGUGGAACUUGAACAAUUUGAGAGGCAUGGGAUGGUUCGAAGCGUUAGUCGACCGCGAUAAAGAAACCGGUAAGUUAUCCUCCAAGUGGUGGCAAACUGAAAAGAUUCCAGAGUUGGGAAAACUCUUCUCUCACGUCUACCGAUGGCAACUCGCUAAAGACGCGAAAAAUGAAAAGGCUUUGAUUUUGGACGCCGAUGGUUUGUUAGACACGUCCAAUCUCGCCAUUCCCAUGGACGCCAUUCGAGUCAUCUCGGCGCACGCAUCGAACGAUUUCGACGUCAUGUUCUUGGGAAAUCUGGGCACGAAAGAUCCAAUCUUUGAAACCUUCCCAGACUCGAGCGGUAACGUCAUCGAGAUCCGCAAAUGGCAAGGAACGCAAGACGCGACCAACGCGAACGCAUACAUCGUCUCGGCGCAAUUCGUGAACAAUAUUUUCGAUUUUAUUUUGAGCUCAGACAUGAACGUGCCGAAGGAGAGUUUGGAGAACUGGUUAGGAAGAGUCGUUUGCGGCGCCAAAGAGCAACAACAACCGCAACAACAAGACGAUUUCGAAGAAAACUCCUCCCUCGGUCUCGAAUCGGCCGUCAACGAAGAGCUCUCGGAGGAAAAUACUUUAGCCAAGAAACCAGUCGUCGGAAAACACGUGUUUAACUGCUACUCCGCCGCCGGCGUCCAAGUGAAGCCAACCGCUUCGUCAUCGGACGCCGCUUCGAAGCGCCAACGCAAACAGCAACAACAACAACGAUCGACCGCCGCUACCGCGGACGUCGUCGACGGUCUCGAAAGCGUCUCUUCUUCCGAAGAGAAAGGAGGUACAGACGUUCAUCGAGCAGUCGCUUAA